UGUAAGGAUAUAUGUUCAGUGUGAAUUCCCCUUAUCAUCAUCAUGUCGGACAACGCGGAGACCAUGGCUGCGGCCGAAGGCCGCAUCCAGAAAAUGGAAGUAGAUUACAGCUCAACUGUUGAUGAAAAGUUGCCGAAAUGUGAAAAGUUAGUCAAACAAGGGAAACUGAGUGAAGCUGUAGAAAUCCUCCUUGUUUUGGAAAAACAAACCAGAACAGCAUCGGACACUCAUUCCACUGGGCGGAUCCUUGUUGCAGUCGUCAAACUUUCAUUUGAGGCCAAAAACUGGGAUGCACUGAACGAAAACAUCGUUCUGCUCACCAAGAAACGAGGACAGAUCAAGCAGGCAGUAACGAAGAUGAUACAGGAAGCCUGCACCUAUGUUGAGAAGACUCCCAACUUGGAAAUAAAGCUGAAGCUUAUUGAUACACUUCGCACUGUCACAGCUGGCAAGAUAUAUGUGGAAAUCGAGAGGGCUCGCUUGACUCGUACCUUGGCUAAGAUAAAGGAGGAUGCUGGGAAGAUUGCAGAUGCUGCCAAUAUUCUGCAGGAGCUUCAGGUGGAGACGUUUGGCUCCAUGGAUAAGAAAGAGAAGGUGGAGUUUAUUCUGGAGCAGAUGCGUCUGUGUCUUGCCAAGAAGGACUAUAUUCGCACUCAGAUCAUCAGCAAAAAAAUCAACACCAAAUUCUUUGAUGACGAUGGGACCACUGACCUGAAGCUGAAGUUCUACCAGCUGAUGAUUGAGCUGGAUGAACAGGAAGGGUCGUACUUGUCCAUCUGUAAACAUUACCGAGCUAUCUAUGACACCAGUGAAGUAAAGGAGAGCAAAGACAAGAUGAAGGAGGCUCUCCGGUGUGUCGUGCUGUAUCUCAUCUUGUCCCCCUAUGACAACGAGCAGUCCGAUCUCACACACAGAAUCAGCGAGGACAGGAACCUGGAAGAUAUUGCCAAAUAUAAGGAUCUGCUAAAGUUGUUCACCACCCCUGAGCUGAUCAACUGGAAGGACUUGUGUGGCACAUUUGAGUCUGAGCUGAAGUUAGGCUCGGCAGGGAACCCUCCCACUCAUGUCUUCAACACCAAGCAAGAGGGCGGAGUGAAACGCUGGGGGGAUCUCAAGACACGAGUUGUAGAGCAUAACAUCCGCGUUAUGGCGAAGUAUUACACACGAGUUGGCAUGAAGAGGAUGGCUGAAUUGUUGGACCAGCCUGAAGCUGAGACAGAAGAAUUUCUAUCUAACUUAGUUGUCAACAAGACAGUUUCUGCUAAGAUAGAUCGUUUAGAAGGUACAGUUAACUUCACAUCCCAAAAGGACCCGAAUGACAUUCUCAACGACUGGUCUCACAGCCUGACCAAUCUGAUGAACCUGGUCAACAAGACUGACCACUUGAUCAACAAGGAGGAGAUGGUACACCGAUUACACUGAUGAUGUACAGCCUCUCGACUCGGAACUCGCUCAGCUUGCAUCUGCUCCUUCCAUAUACUCACGGGUGAUCAACAUCUACCUGAUUCAGCCUUAGCUGAAUCCAAUUACGAUCAAAAAGAAAGCUGCUGCUGCUUCCACAUAAUCAGCAAAUUGACUCAUGUCCUUUUUCUCGAAAUUGAGAGAGUUAGUCUGUGUUGAAUGGGUCUCCUGUAAGCCAGGCGAGUUGUGUAUAUAUUUCCAUCAUUUGUCCAUGUCCAUCUUUGUGUAUUAAAGUGUAAUUAUAAA